UAUAAAAACCGCGACGGAAUCUCAGAACUGCAGACACAACAUCCAGUGCUCGAAGAUGAAGUGUGUUCUAUUGUUCUGCUUCAUAGCUUUCUGCUAUGCUGUGCCUACAGUACCAACUCUCCCUAACGUCCAGUUUGGAGAAGACGGUACCAUCACAAUCACCGGAGCUGAUGGAAAAAAGGUGGUUAUUUCCAAGUCAGCAGGAAGCGAUGGCCAAAAAAAUGUCGAAAUUACACUACCAGAUCCUCUAGGCACAACCAAAUCUAUCAAAAUCAACCAAGACUACAAUCAGAAGACAGUCAACAUCGAAGAUUCUUCAGGUGGCCGUUACAAACGAAGCUCUGUUUCAAAAACUUCGAAGGAAACUAAAAAAGGCAAGUCAGAAGCUGAAAUUCUGGAUGAAAUUUUCAAAGAUUACCAAGGAGCUGUUGAUCUGAAGUCCUACGAAAAGGUUUUGAAGGAAAUCGACAGCUACGUCAAAUCUGGAGACCUAGACUCAUCCAUAUACGAAGUUUUGAAAGGUUUUGCACAAUAUGACGCUCUAAAUCCCGAAGGAUACCCAGGACAGAACAAGAUAGGAUAUACUUCUGCUCUUGGGUACUCUCCGAGACUGGUAUCUCUCCAGAAUUACCUGAACAAAGUGAUCGGGGAACAACAGUCAUUGAAUGGUGGCUGGUAUGGCAAACAACCAGUACUUGGAUCAUCUCAGGGACCAAUUUGGUACAAGGACGCUCAGGCGCAGUUCUAUGGACCAAAUGGAGAAAAUCUUCAGCAGUACAGACAAUCAUACGAACCUCUACAAAAUCUGCCCCAACAAGCCGGCCAACAAUUUGUUCAGCAAAGCUUGCUGCCUCUGUCUGGACCAUAUCAACAACAGUUUCCUCAACAACAAUUGUAUCAACCCCAACAGCCAUUAGGGGUGCCUCAAAGCCAGUGGAACAGUCUCCCGCUCAUUCCCAAACAACAGUCAGCACAAAACCAGGACUUUCUUUGGGGUCAGCAGUUAUCUUUCCCUCAGCAACAAAAAAUUCAAUCCCAGCAAGUAUUGCCGCAGAUUCAAAGGCAACCAAAUGUCUUGGAACAAUUUCCGCAGCAACUUUCAUGGAGCCAAGCAGGACAACAGUACUACGGACCCCAGCAGCAGUACUAUGGGCCUCAUCAUCAAAGUGAAUUGCAAGUAUCUCAGGGUGAACAGCAACAGCAAUACAUUCAACCUCAACAGCAGUAUGAGCUCUAUCAACAACAGUCUUACUUGCCAGGAGGACAAGUACCUCAACCGAAACAGAACGUUAUCUACCCACCACAGCUGCAACAUAAUCUGAAUGAGCCAGUAUGGGCUGUUCCCAAACAACAGGUCAGACCAGAGCUGCAAGGAUUAUAUCAAAGUCAAGGCCAACAGACUCCAAGCGACUGGUACUACAGGCUGAAGCCUCAAGCAGCUCAGUUAGGUCGAUUGCAAUAUCCUGCUAACCUCCAGGUUGUUUAAUUCUUCACUAUUGUGCUGUCCUGAGUUUUUUCAUUUGAAUGAUCAAUAAAUAUAGUUAGUCAUUUUCA